AUGUCGACCAGCGACCGCAAAGUCCCCGUCUCCCUCAACCGCGCCGCCCGAGGCACGACACCUCGCGUGGCAGACCUCGCUUCCACCCCCGAGUCGCCGCGAACACCGCUUGGUCGCGCUACAUCCUAUGGCUUCGGUUCACCCGGCGGCAGCUUCCGCACCGACGACGAAUAUGUCGUAAUUGAGGUCGGGGCACGUUUUGUGCGCUGUGGCUUCCCCGGCGAGAGUGCCCCGCGCUGCACAAUUCCCUUCGGGCCCGACCAGCAACGGAGAGUGGGGGACUACAGGCAAUGGGACCCUGAAUAUGGCCAGCAGAGACAGAAACGAAGGAGGGGGCAGGACUGGGGCCAGGAACACGAACUCUACCGCGUGGACCUGAGCACUGUGGACCUGGGGCUGGUCGAGGACAAGUUCGAGCGGGCCAUGAGAGAGGCAUACAACAAAUACUUCCUUCUCGAUAGCAAGCCGCGGCGGAUCCUGCUGGCCAUGCCAACACGCAUGCCCCACGCCCUCAUGUCUACACUACUCGACGUGCUUUUCACGAGCUUCCAGGCGCCCAGCAUUACCCUCAUGUCGAGCCCCGUGCUGUCGACCGUUGCUGCCGGACUACGAUCAGCGCUGGUCGUCGAUAUCGGCUGGUCUGAGACAGCAGUCACGGCUGUCUAUGAGUACCGCGAGGUGCAGGAAAGGCGCAGUGUGCGGGCCGGCAAGAUGCUGAGUGAAGAAAUGGCCAAGCUCCUGAAUACUGAGCUGGAUGACAAUGCAGACUCUGGUUCGCCCAGAGCUGAUGUCUCUUUCGAAGAAGUAGAGGAAGUUUUGACACGAGUCGGUUGGUGCAAGGCCAACCCACGAUCAAAUCGAAGAACGCUAUAUUUCCCUGCGCGCGAGGCACCUGUGUUGGAGGAGUUUGAAGAUGCCGUCGAGUCGCCGCCGCCCACUAUAAACGUUCCGUUUCCCAGACACACCCCUCCUACUGAGCUGAGAAUACCUUUUGCAUCUCUGGCCAAGCCGACCGAGGCCGCAUUGUUUGCGCCAGACAUGACGUUGAGCGAAUUCGAUGAUGAGGAUCUUCCCCUACACUAUCUCAUGUACCGCGCCCUGGUUCAGCUACCUGUAGAUGUUCGACGUCUUUUUAUCACGGGCGGUGUAUCGAACCUUCCUGGCCUGAAGACGCGCCUGUUAAGAGAGCUCGAGGCGCUAGUGUCAAUCCGGGGAUGGGAUCGAGUGAGAAAUUAUGGGAAAGCAAGCGCAAAACACGAAGAACGCAUGCGAGCACGUAAGGAAGAUGCUGAAGCGCGUCGAGAAGACGCAGAAUUGAGGCGACAGGAAGGGGAAGAUGUCAUCUCUGAAUCUCUCGAUCCGGGUGCACCUCUAUCCUCUGUACCCGCUGGUCUGCGAGAACCUGAAGUCGAUAACAUGGACGCCAAGAUGGAACAACUCGCCAUCCGAACUGGCCCACCACGUGCCUGUUUCAUUGGAGGGACUAUUCGAGGAGUCGAGACUCUAGGUGCAUGGGCUGGUGCGAGCCUGAUAGCCCAACAACGCGUCAAAGGUAUUGUCGAGAUCGAGCGCGAGAAAUACCUUCAACAUGGCCUGCAGGGUGCAAGCCGCGAAAAGGAAAUUUCCGUCGUACAGCAGCGACAAAGCAUGGGUCCCGGGCUGGCAAAAGGAGGCGGAGAGAGAGCGAGCUGGACUCUGGGAGUGUGGGCUUAG